CUUGCCCUAGUAGCUGCCGGCUGGCCGCUGGCGGAGCCGGGGCCGCCAUGAGUAAGCGGAAGGCGCCGCAGGAGAGCCCCAAUGCGGGGAUCACAGACUUCCUGAGCGAACUGGCGAACUACGAGAAGAACGUGAACCGAGCCAUCCACAAGUACAAUGCGUACAGAAAAGCAGCUUCUGUAAUAUCCAAGUAUCCAAGCAAGAUAAAAAGUGGAGCUGAAGCAAAGAAACUGGAAGGAGUAGGGGCUAAAAUAGCUGAGAAGAUUGAUGAGUUUUUAUCCACUGGAAAACUACGUAAGCUUGAAAAGAUUCGACAGGAUGAUACAAGCUCAUCUAUCAAUUUCCUGACCCGAGUUAGUGGCAUAGGUCCUUCUGCAGCUAGGAAGCUUGUGGAUGAAGGGAUAAAGACAUUGGAAGAUCUAAGGAAAAAUGAACACAAGCUAAAUCAUCAUCAGCGAAUUGGGCUAAAAUAUUUUGAAGACUUUGAGAAAAGAAUCCCUAGAGAAGAGAUGUUACAGAUGCAGGAAAUUGUAUUGAAAGAGGUUAAGAAACUGGACCCCGAAUAUAUUGCUACAGUCUGUGGCAGUUUCAGGCGAGGUGCGGAAUCAAGUGGGGAUAUGGAUAUUCUCCUGACCCAUCCAAGUUUCACUUCUGAAUCAACCAAACAGCCAAAGCUUUUGCACCAAGUUAUAGAACAAUUGAAAAAAAUCCACUUUGUCACAGACACAUUGUCAAAGGGUGAUACGAAAUUCAUGGGUGUAUGUCAGUUGCCAAGCGAAGAAGAUGGAACCAAUUAUCCAUACAGGAGAAUUGAUAUCAGGCUGAUCCCCAAGGAUCAAUAUUAUUGUGGGGUACUGUACUUCACAGGCAGUGACAUAUUCAAUAAGAACAUGAGAACUCAUGCCCUGGAAAUGGGUUUCACAAUCAACGAGUACACAAUCCGGCCCUUGGGAGUUACUGGAGUUGCUGGGGAGCCCCUCCCAGUAGAGAGUGAAAAGGAUAUCUUUGACUACAUACAGUGGAAGUAUCGAGAGCCAAAAGAACGGAGUGAAUAACUUGCAUUCGUAGGUUCACUAGCUAGUGCUCACUUAUUUUGUAGCUUUUAUGAAUAAUCAUCGGAGUCAAAACUAGGUGCAUAUUUAUUGCUUGAACAUUACUUCAGAAGGUGUGUAUUACUGACACUGUUUUUAAACAAUAGUUCCAUGGCACUAGAGUAAAAUGUGUUGUAAAAAUUAAAUCACCUAACAUUG